AGGGAAAAAAAAAAAGGAAAAAAACCUAAUUUCGCGUCGUUUUUUCAACUUCUUCUUCUUCUGCUUCGUCGUCGCUCAAUCCCACUCUCGCUCGCUCUCAGUCUCAAUCCCUCUCCCGCACCCGCUCCGCCGGAGCUUGCGCUCUCUUUCCCGCAAAUGGUCGUCCUCAGGUCCCGCGCCAUAGCUCCGGUGAUCGAGUCCCCGCCCAAGAGACACAAAGGAGAGGCCAGAAUCGAGCCGAUCACCCCCGCUCGCGCCCACGAGCCCGCCGUCCAGGAAUCCCCACAAUCCUCCGCUCCGGACCCGGACCCGAACCCGAACCCGAGCCAGGAUAGCGACGGGGUUCGCGCCUCCGCCGUCCGCCGUCGGAGCCUUCGCCUGGCGUCUGCCGAGGAGUCCACCGACAAGAUGGCGCUGUCGGGCGCUCGCAAGAGGAAAAGCCGUUCGAUUAGUGAUGAGAAAGUUAGGGUUUUAGAUUUGGACGAGGGGGAUGAGCGCGGGGAGAUGGGUUCCGCGAAGGAGCCGGUUAGAGACGCGCCGCACGCCAAACCACGCCGAGAAGGUAAUGUGGAUGACGACGAGGUAAAAGAGUUGAAUGUGGAUUUGGGUUUAGUGAAUUUUUCUGAGGGUGAUGGAUGUCGAGGGUUUAUGAGAUUGAGGUCGGGGAAGAGUUCUGCCAAGAGUGGAUUGGAAGUGAGAGGCGCGCUGGUCUCGGCCCGCGGCGAUGAGUCGGUGAAGGUAAGCGAAGGGGAGGCAGAUGGUAAAGUAGAACUAGCUGGCAGAGUAAGAGUUGAGGUGAAGCUUUUCGGUGUAGACCUAAGGCAGAUUGUAAAUGGUUCUGUUAGUGACAAAGAGAGAAAUAGUAUUGAGGAUAAAGGGAAGGGUUUAUCGGUUGACAACGAUGGUACGAGUCUAGUUUUGAAAAGUGAUUGUGAUGGAAUUGUUGAAGCGAGGAGAAGGGGAAAAUAUAGUGCUGCAGAAAAAGGGAAGGCCAAGUUAGUAGAGGAUGAUAACCUCUUACUAUCCAACGGCAGAGAUGUAGGUUCAAAUCAAGAUAAUGUUGUCUUGGAUGAUAGCACAUGCAAAACAGAUGAUAGGAGGAUUCAGGCUGAGACACAUCUGAAGAGGAUCACAGAAAAGCAAAAUGAAGCUUCAGCACUUCAUAUGAGGGAAAGGUUUAAGGAGAUAGCGAAGACAAAUGCAUCACGGUUUGCUCACUUCAACCCUGAAGAGAUGGAGGAGAGCAAUUCACCACCAGAGGUUGAGAGAAAUGUGGAAGUGGCAAUUGCAGAAGCACAGCAGGACCCUGAAGAUUGGCCGGGCCCAUUCGCUACUGCCAUGAAGAUCAUUAGGGAUCGUUCAUCCAAGCUGAGUGCAAAACAGACCCGCUCGUCUUCGGCGAAAUCCGAGUCUCCUGUCAUAAAAUGGGUUCCAAGAAAAGAUCAAGGUUGUGACCUCAUAAAGCCAGUGCCACCUUCGCUGCAAGAACUGUGCAUAAAAGUCCUUGCUGACAAUUUUGAUGCAAUUAGUUCACUUGAAGGUGUCCCAGACGUGCUGAGGCACAGGCUGUGUCAGUUGUUAUGUGAUUCCAGGAGAAUUAAUGCUCAUUUUUUUGACCUACUUAUCCAAGGAUGUCCGACAGAGUUAUGCAUAAGGGAUUGUUCAUGGCUGGCCGAGGAAGAGUUUGCUAAAUCUUUCAGUGAAUGUGAUACUAGUGACCUGACGGUUCUACAACUUAACCAGUGUGGGCGCUGUCUGGCAGACUACGCUAUAUCUUCUUCAUUAGCAAAAUCAGCGAAUAGCUUGACUGCCUUAUCUACUGUAUGCAUCACUGGUGCAUGCCGUCUUACUGAUGUUGGAUUAAGGACUCUUGUUUCUGCUGCACCGGCAAUUAGGUCCAUAAAUCUCAAUCAGUGCUCUCUUCUGACUUCUACCAGUGUCGAAACAUUAGCCAAUUCGCUGGGAUCAGUUUUAAAGGAAUUGUACAUAGAUGACUGCCAAAGCAUUGAUGCUAUGCUCACUCUACCAGCUUUGAAGAAGUUUGAACAUUUGGAAGUUUUGUCCGUAUCUGGCAUGCAGUCUGUCUGUGAUGAUUUUAUCAGAGAGUUUAUGUUUGCACAAGGACAUCAUAUGAAGGAGCUUGUUUUGGGAGAUUGCAAGAAUUUGACUGAUGCUUCCUUCAAGGUCAUUGCUGAAACAUGUCCCGGGUUACUUUCCCUCGACAUUAUGAACCUGAUCAAAUUGUCGGAUGCUGCAAUUGGACAUCUUGCAAAUGGUUGUCGAGGAAUUCGGAAACUUAUUCUCCGGCGUAACACUUUCAGUGAUGAAGCUGUUGCUGCUUUUCUGGAAACUUCUGGAGAACGGUUGGAAGAACUUUCACUCAAUAAUGUUAAGAAGGUUGGACACAACACAGCCACAUCACUUGCCAAGCGAGCUAGAGAUUUGCAGAUUUUGGAUCUGUCUUGGUGCCGAAAUUUGACAGACGAGGCCAUGGGCUUGAUAGUGGAUAGCUGCUCAUUGUUGAAGGAACUUAAAGUUUUCGGAUGCAGUCAGAUCACCGAUGCAUUUCUAGACAGUCAUGCAAAUCCCGAUGUACGUAUCAUUGGCUUGACACUAUCCCCAAUUUUAGAGCACCUCAAAAUUCAUGAGACUGUAGGUCCAUUGCGAUAUUCCUGAGCGGCUUCUUUCGGUUCUCUUUUUCAUAGAUUUGCCAAAAUCUAGAAACUAAGUUUUUGAACGAGGAUACAAGCUCCUUUUGUUUCUUUUGUAAUCACUGACAUUACCCCCUCAGCAUCCUUCCCUUAACCAAAACGCUGAUCAAUGGCCUUACUUUUUGGAAGCAGUAGCAUUUUUUGGAAUCUAUGCUUCUUAACCUUUGAAUAGAACCCUUGGUUAAACAUUGUGCCAGCGCUUGUGCUGACUCUAUCGACAGUGAAGAUUGUGAAGUAUCCCAAUUGGGCAUUAUCUCUUUUGCUAUGUCUGCAACUUCUACUUGCAAUGAGAAGAAGCCUUGUCUUGCAAUGACGGUUUUAUGAGAGCGAGUAUGCUUAUGCAAGCUUUGCUGCUUCCUAGAGUUUGGAAUCUGGCCUUGCAAGAAGUGCGAUUUCCCGAAAUCAUAUGAAAUGCUUAGGUGUGGACCUUAAAUGAUGUCAUGCGAUCUUGUCAGAAGUCGUGACAUUGUGUCUCUGUGUAAGCCCAAGAAGCUCGUUAUGUGGAGGAUUUGAUUCAAACUAAAUAAGGGCUGUAGUCGCUAAUGAAUAUAAAUUGGAGUUUAGGGCCCCAUUACUUGCAGAUGUUGGACAUAAUAUUCUUGGUCCGCAUGAAUCUGUUAAACGUCGCAACGUGAUCUUUGCGAUAUCGUCCAAUUACUGGCGAUGUAAUGUACUCCUGUUUGCUGGUGCUUUCAUCGCCUGGAGCUGAUGAGCAGCCGUUGAGGAAUGUGCUACAUCCCGAAAUGUCUUCUUGAAUGCAAUGAAGUGGCUUACUUUGCAUGCAUACAUGACUCGCUCCGCUGACAAGCACCGUCGCAACCGAUUGUUGCUUCAAAUCAAAUCAAACAGAUAUGUGUUGAUAAAAGAAUACCUAGGCACAAAUGCGAUGUGCCUCGCCGCAGGUUUUCUGCUCAAAUUCAAUCAGUUCGAGUCCUCUCUAGAGCAAAUGGACUCAAAUGACCUUACAGGAGCUCGAGAUUGCUUCUAGCUAAGUGUCUUUCUUUGCUGUGGAUGACGCUCCUGAUUAUUGAGGACGAUUUGGCUUGUCGCCGC